AUGGCUGCAGGGCUAGAACUUGGGACCUUUUGCUCCAAAGCCGCGGCCCUGCCCUGGAGGUGGACCUCCAUCGCCAAGAGCAGCACUGCCGGCUCCCCCUAGCUAAUGGGGCGGCACAACUGCCCGUGCUGGAGCAGGCUGGCCAUGGCCCAUCUGCACAUCUGCUGUCUGCUCCAAGGCAUGAUGCUCCUGCCAGGUCACAGGUGCCAAGUCACAAGAGCCUGUCCAUGGCUCUCUGUACCUCACUCUCAUUCCUUCUUCAGACUCCUGCUGGAAACAAUGCAGCCCCUCGAGGUCAGGUCUGUGUUCGAGGCUGCCCAGGACCCCACCUUCCUGCAUGGACUCUCCCUCGUCAAUGGCUUUUCAGAAGACUUGCCGUCCACAGACUCGAAUGCCAUAGUGCAAGAGAAGCCAGUGGCGGGCGAUGGGGAGGAGAGAGCCCGCGGGGUCCCAGAGAUAUCGGACCGGAUGUGCUGCUCAUCCUGCUCCCGGGAGUUUGACAGCAGGGAGGAGCAGAAGCUGCCUUGCUUUUUUGGCAAGUCCCCGGCAGGCUGGCAUCUGGCUGAAGGGACCUCCGCGCUGUCCGUCCCGGGGCGUGGGUUGGUGCGCUUCCAUCCAUCUGACCUGGGGGAUCAUCAGUAUGGGAUGCCCCUUCUCACUCCGUUUCCUCCCCAGACUGAGCAUUACCGCCUGGACUGGCACCGCUUUAACCUGAAGCAGCGUUUGCUAGGGCGCCGGGCACUCACAGCAGAGGAGUUUGAGGAGAAGACCCGUGCAGGUGACGUCUCCAGCAUCUCUGGGUCCGAUUCGGAUGACUCCGAUUCGGGCAGCGAGUCCGAUCUGCUCUCUCCCCGAAGCCACGGCGACCCGGGGAGCGGCCAGCAGAGCCACCGCCCAGGCACCCGCUCGGCUAAGGUCCUGUUCCACAACUCCCAGGGCCAGCUGCUCUCCGCCUACCGCUGUGUGCUAGGCAGUAAGAAGGGCGGUGGUGAGCAGCAGGCAGAGCUGGUGGCAUCUCUGCAGAGCCUGGGUGCAGGCACCUGUUGGGUUAUCCUGAUGACAGGCGGUGGACACUUUGCAGGAGCCGUUUUCAGGGGGCCUGAGGUGCUGGAUCACAAGACCUUCCACCGGUACACGGUGCGUGCCCGCCGGGGCACGGUGCAGGGACUGCGCGAUGCCCAGGGCCAGGCCUCCAUGCCCAAAUCGGCCGGCGCCUCACUGCGGCGGUACAACGAGGCGGCUCUGCUCAAGGACAUCCAGGACCUACUGGCUAGCUGGGCGCAGCAUCUGCAGGGAGCCCAGCGCAUCUUCCUGCGUGCCCCCCGUGCUAACCGGGCACUGCUCUUCAGCGGCAGGAACCCCCCUCUGCACAAGGACGACCCCCGCGUCUGCAACAUCCCCUUCAGCACCCGCAGAGCCACCUUCAGGGAGGUGCUGCGGGUGCACGCGGCCCUGGCCACCCUGCAGGUGUAUGGGAAGGACACAGCGGUGGCGGAUCUCGCUGGCUCCCCCCGGAAGGGCUGGAGGAAAGUGCCGUGUGCGCGGGUGGAAGAGCCCCAGCAGGGUGACGCCAGCACCCCGUCGGAGGAGGAGGAGGAGGAGAGCCAGGCUGGGGAGCUGGAGACGGUGGAGGUGACGCUGAGCACGCUGCAGCUCCGGGAGUUUGAGGUGACGCCUAAGCGAAGCCGCAAGAGGAGGAGGAAGAAAGAGAAAGUGGGGAGGGUCCUUCCAGGAGCAGGGGCCCGCACCGAGGGGCCAGGAGGCCAGGAAGAGCCCGAGGGCUCAGCACCCCAGCCGGGAGCAGAGACGGUGGCAGACCCUCAGGAAGGGCCUGGGGCAGAGCCUGCUCCCUGGGGGAAAGGAGAAACGCUCCUGGGCCAGCUCCGCGACGCCCUAUUCACGGCCUGCAAGACGGGGGACGUGGGGACGCUGCGGCGCCUCCUGGGUGUGGCAGAGAGCGGGGCACCCCCAGCAGGCAGUGAGGAUGGUGCCAUGGGGCAGCCCCAAGGCCACCCUGGCAGGGUGCAGAGUGAGGGGUCAGAGCCCAACCGCGCAGCCCCUUGGGCAACCCCUGGGCUCCUCUCGCUGCUCAGCGAGCCCAUCGACGGGACCGGCUUCACCCUGCUGCACGUGGCGGCUGCGGCAGGGAAGGGGGCGGCUGUGCGACUGCUGCUGGAGGCUGGUGCCGACCCUGCGCUCAGGGACUGGCAGGAGCGGCCCCCGUACUGUGUCUCUGCCGACAAGUCGACACGCAACGUCUUCCGCAAGUUCAUGGUGGAUCACCCAACCAAGUACGACUACGGGCAGGCCAAGGUGCCCGGGCCCCUGACGGCGGAGAUGGAGGCCAGGCGGCUGGAGAAGCAGCGGGCGCAGAGAGCGCAGCGGAAGCAGCGGGCGCAGGAGCUGAGGGGGCAGCAGCAGCGGCUGGCGCAGGAGCAGGAGGAGAAGCGGCGCUUUGCGGCCCUGCCAGACCGAGAGAAGAGGGCCCUCGCUGCCGAGCGGAGACUGGCUGCCCAGCUGCCGGACACGGGCGCGGCUCUCGCCAACACCAGGCGCUGCUGGCAGUGCGGGGAGUCCCUGCUGGGCCGGAUCCCCUUCCACUACCUCGACUUCUCCUUCUGCUCCACGGGCUGCCUGCAGACCCACCGCCGGGGCCGCGCCGGCCCCACCUAG